AUGUCUCGUCUCAUCGACCAGCUGCCGGCACCGGCCUAUGUCAGGGAGAAGAAAGUGAUCGUAACGAGCAGGAGUCGAUCCGGGACCUUUUCCUUGUAUCAGGCACUCAAAAUGCUAGGUUAUCGACCGUAUCACAUGUAUGAAGUCGUGCAAACAACCACACACAUGGGGAUAUUCGAGGAGGCACUUAAUGCGAAGUACUUUGGUGUGGGUAAACCUUACGGCAAGGCCGAGUUCGACAAGUGGUUUGCCGACUACGACACGCUGGUGGAGAUUCCCGCUUUCUUCGUCGACGACAUCAUAGCUGCCUACCCCAACGCGACCUUCAUUCACGUAGAUCGUGAUGUCGAAAAGUGGGCGACUUCAGUGACGAACGUACUGGGAACGGUGGAGCCACUUCUUGACUCAACCGCGAUGAACCUCAUGGCUACUUACGAUUUGUUCAUUCGAAGGUACAUCACCUUGCACAUCAUGUUACUGCGUGUCCUUUGCCAUGAACGGAAGACCAGCGACCCGGUCGCUAAAAAAAUGAUGAAGGAUGAUUACUUGGCACUCACCGAGCAAGUGAAGAUGCUUGCCCCAAAAGAAAAUUUGGCUUGCUUCUCAUUGGAAGACGGGUUUGGAUGGGAACAAAUCUGCCCUCGUCUUGGGAAGCCUAUUCCAGAGCAGCGCUAUCCUCGCGGCAACGCUCCCAAGGAAUUCAAAGCCCUCACAAUGAAGAUACUGGGUCCUUCUUUCAAGAAGGCGGCGGCAAUUGUGAUCACAACAGUCUUGAUCCCUAUUGUUGGUUUCGGCACUUGGUACUACCGCGCAAGGAAAUAG